UGGUAAAAAAAUGUGAGAAUGUGUGUCAUUAUGGAGGGGACAAACAUGGUACCCUAAAUUGAUUGAAGCCAAGGAGGAGAAAUUGAGUAGAGCUCAUGCUGGUAAUUGAUCAAUGAUGAUAAUACUGGCCAUUUGUAGGUGAAGGCGAAAACAGGUGGGCCAGCAACUGUCCUCAGUUGGAGGAGAAAAUCGAUGUGCACGCGGAUGCUGGUUUUCCUCAUGUGAGAUGUCGCUGCUUACUUGGCACCGGCUUCGCCCCCGAGUCCAUGCCCUGGGCAUCUUUGUCCUCCUUUUUUUGUGUGCGCAUGGUGCCAUGUCAAGAACAAUCGAUCAGGAUCUUGUGGCUUUGCAGGAACUGAGGAAUACUGCCUUUGCUUCGGGCACAUCACCAAUUUGGAGUGGCUCCGAUCCCUGUGAGCCAUGGUCACUUUGGGAGGGAAUCGAGUGCAAGGCGUCGGUCCAGAACGGAGACCUCCAAGCUGUGAAUAGUGUGCAGCUGAGGGAUGUGCAUUUGGGAGGGUCGCUGCCGGAAGCAAUAGGAAACCUCACAGAAAUCACUAAACUUGUAUUGGUGAAUGCAAGCUUGGGGGGCGUGCUACCAGUGUCGCUUGGGAGGCUAGCAGGCCUUCAAGAUCUGGUGUUGUCCCGGAACCGAUUUAAUGGGGCAAUACCAGACAGCCUUACGAACCUGCACAAUCUGGAAAACCUGGACUUGAGCUUGAACGACUUGUCCGGUGUGCUGCCAAAUUUUUCGAUGAAUGUGUCUGUGAACGUUACGGGGAACCGACUCCUUUGCACAUCAGAGUGCCCACAGGACACUACGCUUGUGAAGAAGGAAAUGGAGGAGAAAAGGGCGGGUGGGUCUUCCCUGACUUUCGCGGUCAUCUUUGUGUGCGCGCUCAGUGCGGCUGUUGUUGGGGCUCUUUCUCUUGCCCUUCUGUAUUACUACUGGAUCCGAAAGAAGUCGGAGAGUGAGUUUGGGAAACACGUACCUGAACUCGCAAACAAGGAGUCGCAGAGAGACCACCAGAUGCUGGUUGGACUGGAUCCGGCAGGUGCAGCACCGCAGGUGUUCACAUACAGGGCUCUUCAGCUUGCCACGAACAACUUCAGUCCGGCGAAUAUUGUGGGCGAGGGCGGUUUUGGGUCGGUAUAUCGGGCCGUUCUUCCGAAUGGAAGUGUUGCAGCGGUGAAGCGACUUGAUCGGACAGGGCGACAAGGAGAACGCGAGUUCAAAGUCGAGGUUUAUAUGCUUAGCAGUCUGAGCUCUCCUUACCUCUUACGCAUGAUCGGAUACUGCGCAGACAUGGAUCAUCGGCUGCUCGUGUACGAAUACAUGCCGAACGGAAGUCUGCAGGAACACCUGCACUCGGAUGGAAAGCACGGCAGUUGCCUGGUGCUAGAUUGGAAUACGCGUCUGCGGAUUGCAUUGGAUGCAGCACGAGGGCUGGAGUACCUGCAUGAGAAGGCCAACCCGCCUGUGAUACAUCGAGAUUUCAAGAGCAGCAAUGUCCUACUGGACCAGAAUUUUUGCGCCAAGGUGUCGGAUUUCGGCCUUGCGAAGCUGGGCCCCGAGCGAGCCGGCGGACAUGUGUCGACCCGGGUGCUUGGCACACAGGGUUACGUGGCUCCUGAGUACGCGCUGACUGGACACCUGACAACGAAGUCGGACGUGUACAGUUAUGGAGUGGUUUUGCUCGAGCUUUUGACAGGUAGGUUGCCUGUUGAUUCCAAGCGACCACUUGGAGAGACGGUUCUCGUCUCUUGGGCUCUCCCUAUGCUUAAUGAUCGCGAGCAGGUGCUGAAAAUGGUAGACCCUGCCUUGCAGGGACAGUUUGCCUUUAAGGAUUUGGUGCAGGUUGCCGCAGUUGCCACUACGUGUGUGCAACAGGAAGCCGAGUAUCGUCCGCUCAUGACCGAUGUCGUUCAAUCCCUAGUUCCACUUGUCAAGAUCAAAUCGAAACCCCUGUCUAUUUCUCACGGCCCCGACGCAAAUAUAGUAGACUCUUCCGGACCCAGCAGCAAGGUCAACCCUGAUAAAACUGUGACCCCCCCAUGACAUGGGUUGGUCGCCAUUGUCUGAUGCACCAUCGGAGAUGGCGCAUGUUAGAUGCUCUGCUUUGGGACCAUUGCCAGACUGGACCAUGGCACCCAAUGCCUAUCCUGAGCUGAUGUUUCCACACACGUGCGCAUCCUUGCUUGCAGGCAUUCUGUCUGGCACCCUCCCUGAAGCACAACCCCUCUCCCUCCCCUCAGGUCCACUUGCUUUCUCGCCGCAUCCCUCUUUUUCGACUCCCUGUUUUUUUUCGACUUCCUGUUUUUCUCGCCUUCAAAGUCCUUUCUUUGCCGGUUAUGUCUGCCAGCCACCUCAUCAGCGUGAAUCGCGCGUCUCUCACUUCACGUGUUUCCAGACAAAUUUACUCGUCUUCACUUACUCUGACAUCAUUCGGACAUCGUUUCCACCUACCCUGAUGUAAUUCUGACGUCAUUCAGACAUCAUUCCGUUGUCACCGUUUCGAUAUCGUUCGGAGUUCAUGCUAACUUAUGCUGACUUAUUCAGGUGCACUGUGACGUAUUUUGAGACCGCUCCUCGUUGUUAUCAAACUCUCUGAGGACGUUGUACUCACGCUAGCACUAUCUUGAAUGCAUCCGGUGGCAUUGACAGCCUGACCAGUCCGCAUCUGGCUGCGAUUCCAUCCAGAUAUACGUAAAACAGUGUUAAUGUGAGUAUGCCCUGAUUGAUCCUUGCUUUGUCUGAUUGAUCCUUAACUUUUUCUGCUAGUUGUUUGGAUGUCAUCUCUGGCAACAGUUUGGGGCUCAAGGGAAUCGUCCGAAUCGAUGCAAAGGUAGCAUGAAUGUCAUGGCAGGUGUCGCUUGUGUCUCAUUCUCUGCAGGGAUGAUUCACUCAUUCGGACUCGUUUUGUCGUCCAAGAUAUCUUGGAGAUAUGCUGGACGACGACUGCGAUGGGUAGUGUAAGCGAAAGAAACAAUCUGGAGGCGCGCUGGUCUGUCACGCCAGAAGUCGCGGGCUCAAAUCCAGCUUUUCCCAGGAUGUAAGGCUGAGUGGCUGAAGGCAUUUGUAGAAUGGUAAAGACAGGCACGUGCAGCUGGGUAGCUGUGGAAAAGAGAGGACGUACCUGGACGUACACAGCGACCGAGCACGCUGUGAUUAUUCGUAACUUUGUACAGUACCGUAGGGUCAGAAGCCAUUGUGUGCGUUUGGCGCAUGGAUGUGUACGAGGAGAAAGGGAGAGAAGAGAGGGGAGGUGAAAAGGGGGAGGAAGAGGGUCAGCAGCCUUGGCCAGGUACUACGGUAUGUAUGGUCUGGAGCUUUUCGGGCACAAAGGAGGGGAUUGUUAAUUUAGUGCAAUUUCAGUGUUUAUUCGACUUUAUUGUUUGUUAGUUUAGACCAUGUUUGUCAGUAUAUCUCAGAACUCCGGUUAUGUGCCUUAGCCUUUCGGUUGAUUCUCUUCGCGGCACGUUUUCAAUGAUCUGGCAUCAAAUUAUGUGUUUAUUUCAACUUUAUGGUUUUUAACUUUUUAGUUGAGCCCAUGUUUGUCCAUGAUGUCACCAUAGCUCGAAAAC